AUCCCCACGAGUGCGCCGCACGCUGCCAGCUACCGCCGCCGCGGCUUUUGCAUUGCGUCGUCUCAUCCGACCCAGCGGCUGACAGCUCACCAGGCCCUCGGGUGCGCCCUCGUCGACACGCCUUGCAUGGCUUUGCCAUCCCUCCGCCAGGGAUAUAUAUAUACAUAUAUAUAUAUACCUUGUUCUCGACGCGCUGCUUGCCCAUCUGCCCAUCUUGCCGCCUGGCCCAGUUUUGCGGCAGGAGCCUGUUCCGCCUGGAUGCCGCUUCGAGCCACCCAUCUGCAUCUCUAG